GUGCUGUGUUCUGUGUUUACCCACGCCGCCGGUCCAUCGUUCUCCCGGUACUGCUGCUCGUCUCACAGUAUCAGUGUUCACGUCUUUGUAAUGUUUCACCUGGCUUGAUAAUUUCACCUGGCUCACGAUGCCUCCAAGUCUCCAAGGAGUUUCCCCGCGCACCGCGCAAGGGCGACGUCCCCAACCAGAGAAACGGUCGGACCUCUUGUGCCGAGUGAAGUACAGUAAUACCCUGCCGGACAUUCCAUUUGACCCAAAAUUCUUAGCCUUCCCCUUCGACAACAAACGAUUCGUUUCGUACAAAAGCACGUCUCUCGAAACCAACUACAAACACGAUUUGUUGACCGAGCAUGAUUUGGGUGUUACAAUCGAUCUCAUAGAUCCGAACACCUACGCUCCACCAGCCGAAGAUGUACCGCUGCGUGCCGAUGACGAGAAGCUACUCGAAGAGGAACCUAUCACCCCUGCCGAUUCGAAGCGAUCGAGACUUCACAACAUGGUCAUCCCCUGGGUCAAGAAGACCGAGUACAUCGCGACCGAGUUCUCAAGAUACGGUCAGACCGGUGUCAACACUGAAACCAAAGUCGGCUACAAUGUCAAGAAGAUGCUCAAUGAGAGGAGUCUGUACAUGGACCGGGACUCUCAGAUCGAAGCAAUCAACAAAACAUUCGAAGAAGCACAGAAACCGAUCACGCAGCACUAUUCCAAACCCAAUGUCACCCCUGUCGAGGUGCUCCCAGUCUAUCCCGACUUCGAAUUGUGGAAAUAUCCAUUCGCCCAAGUUCUGUUCGACAAUGAGCCGGCGCCAAUAUCCCAGGCUGAGGAAAUGUCUCAGGCGAUGAUUCGUGGUGUCAUGGACGAGUCUGGCGAACAGUUCGUCGCCUAUUUCAUGCCGACGGAAGAAACUUUGAGGAAGCGGCAGGAUGACGCGGAAAACAAAGUCGAGUACCAGGAUGAGGUCGACUAUGAGUAUAAAAUGACGCGAGAAUACAACUGGAACGUGAAGAACAAAACUUCAUCGGGAUACGAAGAAAACUAUUUCUUCGCCGUGCGAGACGGUUGCAUUUACUACAAUGAGCUCGAAACUAGGGUGAGGUUGAGCAAACGUCGAUUGAAACCAGGCAUGGCUCCCAAUAAUUCGAAACUGGUUGUAAAACACCGCGUUCUCAACGAGAACGAGCACCGACAACAGCAGCUCAGACUGUCACAACUCGAGCCACCACAAGAAGAAAGCGACGAGGAUGCCGACGAUGAAGAAGAGGAGGACGACGAGGACAACAAAGAGGAAGGGGAAGGAGCUGGGAAAGCUCAGAAGAACAAAAGUGACUCUGAGAGCGAUGACGGCAAGAAGAGCGAUGGCAGCAGUCGGGCGUCGAACGCCUCGCCGAAGGCUCCAGCGCCGGCCAAAUCUCAGAACGCUCCAAGGAAUCGUUCACGUUCGAAAAGUGCGUCGAGAUCGGGAUCUGGUUCUCGGUCUGGAUCGAGAAGCGGAUCGGAAUCGCGGAGCGGCUCAGAGGCACGCAAAUCUCGAUCUCGAUCGCGAGCGGGGACUGCGUCGAGUCACUCGAGAAGCGGGAGUGGGUCUCGGAGCUCUUCUAGAAGUGGAUCUGGGUCCGGCAGUGAAGAGGAAACCAACCAGAAGGGGGACAAGAAGGAGAUUUUCGGUUCGUCCGAGUCAGAGAGCGACUAGAGGGAUUUAUUGGAUCUCACUGUAUAUUAGAAUAAAUGAUGGCGUUC